AUAGCAAUAACUCAAAUAUUGUUCACAAAAAUCAAGAAUGGAGAGAAUAUCAAAAGAAAAGAAGUAUAAUAAAGUCAAAACACAUACUACACAUUCUAGGAUGGAAAGAUCAGAUGAGCAUCAUUCAGGUGUUGGAUUAAAAUGUUAAAACAUGCUGUACCUUGUUAUUCCACUUUACAUGGACGACAGAUAUCAAAAAUGAUGCAGAGUAUCUUAAUUAAUCUUAGCCUGUUUAUUUUCAGCACAUGGAAAUCAUGCAACAGUGCAGUUUUGCCCAAAUGGGUAUACAGAGUUGACUCAUGUCCAGAUCCAAUAGAUAUUUAUCAAUGGAUAAAUGCAUCCAAAGCACUUAACUGCCAUCAUGAUCUGAUGUCAACAGAUCCGAAUGAACAGGCAUCUGUGUAUCAUUGUAUGCCAAGUAUUUAUUUAAACGAGACUGUGGAAUUCUGUGGCAGGAGUGUUCCCAUUGCUCCAGGGUUUUGUCCAAUUUACAAUUACGGAACCACAUUCGCAACUUACCACAAUUGUUCGGAUUUUACCUACGGGUGUCCAUCAACGAUGUUUCACUCUAAGAAAGUAUUUCAGCACCCAGAGUGUUUGAAAAUUAACCGUAUAGCAAGAUGUUUUGAGGUCCAGACGAACUGCUCGCAAAGUACAGCAACUAUCAGUUCCAAAACGACCACCGAGAAUAGACAUAGGAGGCUGACAUCAACUACUCCAGCAUAUAUAUAUGUUAAUGGAAAUACCAAAAAUGAAAAUUCUGUUGCUGUUGUCUACGUUAUCAUCAUAGUUUCUUUGCUAGUCGUCACAGUUCUAUUGAUAGUAGUCUUCACUUUCCUUUUACGUCAACGAAUAUACAUUCAAUACAAACAUUUGUUUCCUAAAAAACCACGGACUAUACCGAUUAUAGAAUUUAAUGAACUGAGUGGAACCAAACACACCAAGGAAUCUGCUAUACAAAGCGAUAUUCAUAUUGUUAUGACCAAGGAAAAUGGACAUGGUUGCAUUCAUGAUGACGAAGAGAGAUUUCCAUUAUUAGAAAGAAUGAUUUAUGGAACUAAAAUGGGGCAGUAUAAUAACCUUCUUCGGACAUUGUCAAGAAAUAUGACAGAAAAAGUGUUCAAGCGAAUAAAAUGUUUUGUAAAAGAUAGAGAAGAUGUUGAUUCCGAAGAUUUAAAAGAGAUAAAGGACCCAAAGGAUUUAUUAGAUUUCCUCGAUGGAAAAUAUUUCGUUUAUAACAACUUAAUUUAUCUACAAGGACUCUUUUUAGCAUGUAAAGCUCCAGAACUUUAUGAUGAAUGUGUAAAGUAUGCUAAAAACAGAGGAGAAGAAAUACACUUUUUUGAAAAAGGAGUAUUAGAAAAAGGUCACACUAAAGUUAAAUACAUUAUAAAUUGCUCAGGAAUAAGUCAAUACCCAAGAUCGGAGCUUGAGAAGUUACGGGAGAUGUUAGCAAAUUUGAUCCAUGCAAAUUACGACGAUAUACUGGUUUCUGGAGUGAAAACUGGAUGCGUAAUUGUAACAAUGAUGAUACGAAAUUGCCUUAUUCCGACACUGAGGGCACUUUAUACGUCAGAAAAAAUAAUUUUAACAUGUCAUUGGAUGCUAAAACUUUCUUUGAAACAUAAGAUCAUGAAGGUGAUGAUACAGAACGAAGUAAUUUACCCCCCUGAUACGUUACAGUCUGUCGACGAAUUAACUGCUGAAGCAUCACUUAGUAGUCAUGUUUUGCGAUCCGCUUUACAUUCUGAAACUGAACUACCGAAGACUAAUGAUCUGGACAGAAAUACCCCAAACGCUAUGGAAUGCAGAGAACAAUCAGCGAAUUGCGAGGAUAAUGUACUUUCAGCUGUUUCAGGCAUGGUGUUAACCAAAACUAUUCUAUCUGAAUCAAACGACUUUACCAAAUUCCUAGAAAGAAUUGGAGGUCGUAUUACAGACGACACUUGGCACUCUAUGAAAGUUCAUUUACGCAAGUUUGUGGAUCCCAAGCGUGUUGAAAAAAUGAACCCAACGAAAAUGCUAAAUGAGUUAUCAGAUAUGUUGAAACUCCAGUAUAACAUGAGUUUUCUGGAAUGGGUUUUUGACAUAUGUGGGAAACCUAAACUCGUCAAAGAUUGUCAACAGUAUUCCGCUGAAAACCAGUUUCAAUUGGAAUGCUUUAAUACAAAUUUCCCUCAAAGUGUUGAAAGUCACCCUAUUGAAAUCCAGUUCAUGGUGUUUGAACUAGAGUCGUACAGUGACGAGCUUCAGGAUUUGAGAUAUUGGCUGGCAAAGACAAUACAUGUGCAUCCUGGUCAAAUUCUUAUGACAGCACUUAAGAAUGGACCAAUUGUUGUUACAUUUUUAAUGAGAGAAAAUCAUGGCAAUGCUAUUCUUGAAUACCUGAAGACGGACGAUGGUCAAAUUGCUGCAUCUCAUAAAAGGAUUGAAAAAAUUGUCCAAAAUGGGAAUGUCAUUCAAAUUGGUAAAGCCCUAAAUGGAUCCACCUUUGUUCAUAUUCGUCUACGUUUACGAGAAAAUAGUUCUGGGAUACGGGAGAGUGUGAGGAAUUUAGCAUCGAUUUUUACUCGACGCACAGGGAUACCUAUGGAAGGCACAGAGGUCUAUACAAGAACUGUCCCAGCAGAUCGGAAAAAAAAUGAAACGAAAGCCAAGCCAAUCAAAGAGGAUUCAUUUAUUGAGAAAAUCCGCGACCUUAUUUUAGAGAAUAUAGAGCCUUUGACCAUUGAACACACAGACAUUGCAGAAUUGUUUAACAGAGAAGACCUGACAUAUAUGAAGGAUAUCACAGGAAGACGAGACCAAGCAGAAUACUUCUUGAAACUGUGCGACAAGCUACCAAAGGAGAACAGAGAAAUAGCAUAUGCAUAUUUGGAAGGAAUUGCUUCUUUGCCUAAAGAAAAAUCAACUUAUAAUGAGGAGCUAUCUCCUUUAAAGAAAAGGAUUCAACAAAUUAGAGAGGAUCUUCUGGAUGAAAUAGACUCCGAGUUUAUCAAAAGUACCAUCUAUCAGUUGGAAAAUGUCCCUGAGGAAGUGAAAAUCUCGUGGUCUGACCCAAACAAAAGUAGAAAGGAAAAGGCAAAGAUAUUCUUGGAUUUUGCUCUACAAAAGGAUGAAUAUGUUAAAGCGUUGAAGAAGACAAUGGAGGAACACGGAAUGUAGUUUACGGAAUGACAGACUGAUUCAACCAAAUUUGACUAAAUCAUCCAUUUUCAUGUAUCGUCCAAGAUUAAUCCUUCGAAUACAGAAUUUGACAAUCAUGUACUUGAUAUUUUUCACAAGUUGUAUAAUAUUUCUCUAUAGAAAAUAAAUUUGGUUGAAUUGACUUUGGAAGGGAAAUUAACCGAGAAAUCAGAUGAUUAAAUUUAAUGUGUAAUUUUUAACCGUGAAUAUAUCAUACUCGAUCACUUAACCAAUAUAUCAAAAAAGAUGGCUUUUCUUUUUUUCGUUUUUAUAUGAAUGUUUUCUUCAUAAUGACACGUUUAAUACAAAUACAUUUUACCAUUUCAGAUUACUAAAUAUUAUACACAAUAUGAUCUUUGCCUGAUAUUUCAUAUAUGUUUACAUUGUCUGAGAUAAUUGAGUUGUGCAUAAUUAAAAUUGAAAGAACCGCGAAUGUUAGCAUAUCAUCUUUUUUAAGGUUCUUUUUAAACUUUCUGAAUAUGCAGUUCUUUCACAUUUUAUGUGUUGUUAUCUUGCAUUAAGCAUAAAUAAUAUGUACAUUUGUACGUGUAAAGCAGCUUUACUGCUCCUCUUAAAUAAAAUGUUUUACGAAAUCAACUUCUUGAA